AUGGCGGGCAAGGCCCACCAGAAGCGCAAGUCGGGGGCCAAGGCUGACAAGAGGAAAAAGGCCGAGAAGAAGAAGAAAGAGGGGGCAGAUGGCGAGGCCGCCCCCGGCAAGUCAGCCGAGGCCGCCAAGGGGCAGAACCCCAAGGCGUUCGCGUUCCAGUCGGCCGGCAAGGCGCGCGCGUCGCGUGCCCGUAGCGCUGAGAAGGAGCAGCGGCGCAUGCACGUGCCCAUGGCGGAGCGCGCGGCAGCGGUGGACCCGGCGCCGUUUGUGGUGCUCGUGCAGGGCCCGCCGCAGGUGGGCAAGACGUCCCUCAUCCAGGCUCUGGUGAAGCACUACACCAAGCAGAACCUGGCCGACCCCCGCGGCCCCGUCACCGUGGUGGCCGGCAAGAAGCGCCGCAUCACGCUGCUCGAGUGCCCCCCGGACGUGCCCGGCAUGCUGGAUGCCGCCAAGACUGCUGACCUGGUGCUGCUGCUGGUGGACGGCUCCUUUGGCUUUGAGAUGGAGACCUUUGAGUUCCUCAACCUCCUGCAGGCCCCCAACCAAAUCAGGAGCUGA